CGUCGAUCAUGCGCAUGACAUGCGACCUUGACGUUCAGGCAACGACACAUUCCUCCGCACACCUACACACACCUGCAUUGUCUUGGAUCCUUCCUUCCCUCGCCAUUAUGAAGUCGUCCGUCAUUCUCACGGCCCUCGCCGGCGCGUCGCUGUCUCAAGCUCUGUCCAUUCCAUCCGGCAUCCAGGACGUUCUCGCCCGCUUCCAGGCACAGACGCCCCUCUUCGAGGCGGAACGGUACGCCAUCGAGCUCGCGCCGGGCGAUGUGAGAUGGGUGACGGAGGAUGAGAAAUGGGCGCUAAGAAGAGAGGGCAAGAACUUCUUCGACAUCACCCAGACGCCGGAACUGGGCCUGAACCGGGUCAGUGCUGCGAAGAAGGUCAAGUACCCGAAGCACAUCGAGCACAACAAGACUGUGUCGAAGCUGUUGAAGCAUCUGGACAAGGACCACAUGCGUUCGAAUCUGGUCACCUUCUCCGACUUCCACACGAGAUACUACAAGUCCGAUUGGGGGAGGCAGUCCUCGGAGUGGUUAUUGGAGCAGGUCAAUCAAACUCUGACCAACGCUGGAGCCGGUGUUGCGGUGGCUUUCAAGCACGACUGGGCGCAGAGCAGCAUCAUCGCCACACUGCCCGGCAAGAGCGACAAGACUAUCGUCAUUGGUGCUCAUCAGGACUCCAUUAAUCUCUUCCUCCCAUCCAUUCUCGCAGCACCCGGCGCGGAUGAUGACGGAAGCGGCACAGUGACGAUCCUGGAAGCGCUGACGGCUCUCCUGCACGACAAGGACAUCUUGCACGGCAAGGCGGAAAACACUCUUGAGUUCCACUGGUACAGCGCGGAAGAGGGCGGUCUGCUCGGCUCUCAGGCCAUUUUCUCCGCCUAUGAGAAGGAGGGCAGGGAUGUGAAAGCCAUGCUGCAGCAAGACAUGACGGGAUACACUCACGGCACCCUCGAGGCUGGCGAGCCGGAGUCUGUCGGCGUCAUCAUGGACUACGUCGAUCCCGGCCUUACCGAAUUCAUCAAGAAGGUCGUGACCAACUACUGCACCAUCCCAUACAUCGAGACGAAGUGCGGCUACGCCUGCAGCGACCAUGCGAGCGCGAGCAAGGCCGGCUAUCCGAGUGCGUUUGUCAUUGAAAGUGACUUUAAGUAUUCGGACAAGAAGAUUCACACCACGGAGGACAAGGUGGAAUACUUGGACUUUGACCACAUGCUGCAGCAUGCCCGACUGACUCUCGGCCUGGCUUAUGAGUUGGCCUUUACGAAGUUCGACUGAGUGUUGUCGGAUGACAAUCUAGUAUGGGCACUGAGUAUAGAUCUAGUAGUCGAGUAGUAUAUAUAAUGCAGAGUGUGGAUCCGAGAGACAUCAAACUUCGAUAAAGCAGAC